AUGGAUGCAAGCUUCACCAAUAUGGACAAAUCUUACCAUAAUUUGUCGCUUUCAUUGGCAAUUGCAGUUGUGGCCGACCAGACCUCACACGUCACCAUCAGUCUCGACGGUGCUCCUGCUCUCAUCACAGUUCCUUUCACUACACGCGCACUUUAUACCACCAUCAGCAUACCUACUACACACAGCCUUCCUACCAUCCACAACCUUCCUACCACCCUGCUCCCGCUUAUCACCCACAGCCUUCCUAUGACCGAGUAUCACUACGAGAAGCUCCUCCCCCUCUAUGCUGACGUAGCCGAACUCAUCGCCGAGUUGUCUGUGGACCGACCAAACACCCUGGAUAAGGAAACUUACUUGUGCCCAUCAGAGACCGCUUACAUCCUGCCCCUUCGUGCCCAGAACAGCAUUCUUCCGUCCUCUGUUCCUGACUGCUACAAGACCAAGUGUCUGCGGAAGUUCAUCUACCACCGCUUCCUUGUCUACGACCUAUAUGAUCAGUACUUCCUCUUCGCCGCCGGGGUUUUGAAAUAG